GGAGGACCGGGCCACAUGAGCAGCAGGGGGCGGUACUCUGCUCAGCGUCACCCUCGAAGAAGACAAGUCGGAGUGCGCAUGCGCGUCAUCACAACUGGUUCACCGUGUGAGGGUCAGCAUGGAUCCUCCGUUCGGUUCUGUCUCCGGUUCUGUCUGAUCACAGUCCGGAUGUUCCGACUGCUUCAUCGGAGGCUGUGGCCUCUCAGCGGGCCGCCGGGCCGCCUCUCUGCCCGCUCAGCUUGCUCCCUCAGCGGCGUCCCUCCGGAGCUGCCCGCGGCUCUGGUCCGCAGCACCUUCCUGGACUUCUUCCGGCAGAAACACGGACACCGGCUGGUCCCGUCCUCCCCGGUCCGGCCCAGAGGAGACCCCAGCCUGCUGUUCGUCAACGCCGGCAUGAACCAGUUUAAGCCCCUCCUCCUGGGGACCGUGGACCCCCGCAGUGAGAUGUCUUCGUACCGCCGCGUGGCUAACAGUCAGAAGUGCGUGCGCGCCGGUGGGAAACACAAUGACCUGGAGGAUGUGGGCCGGGACCUGCACCACCACACCUUCUUUGAGAUGCUGGGAAACUGGUCGUUUGGAGACUACUUCAAGGAGGAGGCGUGCAGCAUGGCAUGGAGCCUCCUCACAGAGCAUUAUGGGAUACCUGCAGACAGACUGUAUGUGUCCUACUUUGGAGGAGACGCAGCCUCACACCUCCCAGCUGACGAGGAGACGAGACACAUCUGGCUGGACAUCGGGGUUCCUCCUGCUCGCCUCCUGCCGUUCGGGCUGAAGGAGAACUUCUGGGAGAUGGGGGACUGUGGUCCAUGCGGGCCCUGCACUGAGAUCCACUACGACCACGUGGGAGGACGAGAUGCGGCGGUGCUCGUCAAUGCUGACAGUCCUGACGUGGUGGAGAUCUGGAACUUGGUCUUCAUGCAGUACAACAGGGAGGUGGACCACAGUUUGCAGACCCUGCCCCAGUUCAGUGUGGACACUGGGAUGGGAAUGGAGAGACUGGUGAGCGUCCUGCAGGGCAAGAGGUCCAACUACGAUACGGACCUGUUCACACCUCUGCUGCACGCCAUCCAGCAGAGGUCGAAGGCGGGGCCGUACAGUGGCAGGACGGGCGCAGCAGAUGAGGGGAAGGUGGACAUGGCGUACCGCGUGGUGGCGGACCACGUCCGCACGUUAUCUGUGUGCAUCACUGACGGAGUUCAUCCAGGCAUGUCAGGAGCAGAGUUGGUGCUGAGGAGGAUCCUGCGGCGGGCGGUCCGGUUCUGUGUCGAGGUUCUUCAGGCUCCUCAGGGAACGCUGGCCAGCCUGGUUCCUACCGUCAGCCACAUACUGGGUGAUGUGUAUCCGGAGCUCCACAGGGAGGUCGACAGGAUCAUGGACAUCAUCAACGAGAAUGAAGCUCACUUCCUGUCGUCCCUGCAGCAAGGCAGCAGACUGAUACGACGAACGCUCGACAGGCAGGACUACAAACAUGGAGUCUUCCCUGCCUCGGUGGCCUGGUCUUUGCACAGGAACCUGGGUUUCCCUCUGGACCUGGUGGACCUCAUGUUGGAGGAGCGAGGAGUCCAGGUGGACCGUCAGGAACUGGACCGACUGAUGGCAGAGAACCAGAAGGUGAUGUCUGAGCUGCAGGCAGGUGCUCAGUCUCAGGUGAUGUUGGACGUCCUCAGCCUGGCGGAGCUGCAGCGUAUCGCUGUCCCUCACACUGACGACAGCCUCAAGUACCAGUACAGACUGGAGCAGGGCAGAUACGUGUUCCCAGCAUGCAGUGCAACAGUCCUUGCUCUGUACGAUGGUCAGACGCUGGUGUCAGAGGUCUCUGAGGGAGAGCGCUGCGGCGUCAUCCUGGAUCAAACCUGCUUCUACUCUGAGCAGGGGGGGCAGUCACAUGACCAGGGCUACUUCACCCGGGAAGGACUGCAGGAUAUCCUGUACCCUGUGGAGGCCGUGGUCCUGGCGGGGGGGUACGUGGUCCAUCAGGUGACUGCAGUCGACAGCCUGAAGACCGGAGACCGGGUCCAGCUACACCUGGACCAGGUCCACAGGUUGUCUUGUAUGGUGAAACACACAGCGACUCACAUCCUCAACUUCGCUCUGAGGGAAGUUCUGGGUCCUUCAGUCAAGCAGAGAGGAUCUCAUGUGGCAGCUGAUCGCCUCCGCUUCGACUUCAGUGUCAAGGGUUCCCUGGAUGUCUCUCAGCUGCAGCAGGUAGAGAGGUGUGUCAAUGACAUCAUCUCAGCCAAUCACAACGUCCACAGCCAGGAGCUCCCUCUGCAAACGGCCGGGUGCAUCAAUGGCCUGAGGAAGGUGGACGAGGUGUAUCCGGACCCUGUUCGGGUGGUGUCGGUGGGGUUGUCAGUCUCUGACCUGUUGGAUGAUCAGACAGACGGACGGACAUCUGUGGAGCUCUGCUGUGGAACUCACCUGCUGCAGACUGGAGCCAUUGAGGAUCUGGUGAUUGUUUCUGAGAGACAGCUGGUAAAAGGAAUCAGUCGCGUGGUUGCGGUGACGGGACGGGAAGCAACACGGGCUCGGGAGGCGGGUCAGCUGUUGUCUCAGGAUGUGGACUCUCUGUCAGCCAGACUCUCAGGCUCCACCCCCCUCAGCCUUGACUCUGCCCAGCGUCUCGCCAAGGAGGUCGGAGUCCUCACUGAUGCUGUAGAUAACACACCCAUCCCUCAGUGGCAGCGCAGAGAGCUGCAGAUUCACCUCCGAGCUCUGCAGAGGAGCAGCAACACCAUGGUCAGGAAGCUGGAGACCAGAGAGGCUGCAGCGAGAGCUCAGGCUCUGCUGGAAAAGAACGGCAGGAAGGACGUGCAGGUGGACGCUGUGGAGACGGACUCUCUGUCGGUUCUGAUGAAGACAGUGAAUCAGCUGAGCGCUGGAGCUCCUCGCAGUUAUGUAAUGCUACUCGCUCACCAGGGGCAUUCUGGGAAGGUUCUGUGUGCCUGCCAGGUCCCAAAGGACUCGACAUCCGUCUCAGCCUCUGAUUGGGCAGUGGCAGUGUGUCGUCACCUUGGCGGAAGCGCCGGCGGCUCUCUUCUGGUUGCCAAGGGAACAGGAAGCAGCAGUGACAUCACUGACGCUUUGAGGUGGGCGGAGGAGUUUGUGCGUCAGAAAACACAGAAAUGAUGUCAUCAAGCAAGAGAUGACAUCAUUCUGACAUCAGAGGGUCAGGUGCCCUCAGGACUGCCUUCUGUUUGGACAGGAAUUGUGGGUGGGACUUAAAGGACACAUUCGGAUCAAAGAUGUCAACGCUGAGGGAAUUCUGGGGGUGUAGUGUGAUGGUGGGCGGGACUUCUUACUGCUGUCAGCCAAUCAGAAAAACUUCAAUAAGCAGCUGUCUUCUGUUAGCAUUGCUACUGGUUAGCUUGAUAUUUAAAAACAGCCACACUGAA